UACAGCCUAUUAACUAACUUAAAACACCACAUCACUAACAUGUUCAACACCACGCAAUAAAGGAGUAAAUAUACCAAUUAGAAAUAAGUUGGACCCGACCACAUCACGUCAACAUUGUACAGGAAGUCUAGUAUCAGCAGAUAACAUAGCCAUAAUGGACUGUUGUGGUGAAGCAGACGCACGUACUGUACCCCUCACUGCUACCACUAUGGGCCAACGUAUGGGUAAUGCAGGUGGCGGGGCGUAUGACGAGGUAGCGAGGGCUCUACAGGCCGGCCAAGUCGCCCAGCUGGGUGAUAACAACGGACCUUACCGAUGUAAUGUGUGCAACAAGGAACUUAAAACCAAGAGCACUCUUAAGAAUCACUUCACGAGCCAGACACACCAGAAUAAGAUAAGCUCAGCAAGGCCAGCGUCGCCUCAGCAUCAUGGUCAACAAAUACCAGCCACCAAAACACCUCAACAGGUAUGUAGUGCAACUGGCUGGGCAGAUGACGAGGGAGCGAAGGCUCUACGGGCCGGCCAAGUCACCCAGCUGGGUGAUAACAACGGACCUUACCGAUGUAAUGUGUGCAACAAGGAACUUAAAACCAAGAGCACUCUUAUGCGCCACUUCACGAGCCAGACACACCAGAAUAAGAUAAGCUCAGCAAGGCCAGCGUCGCCUCAGCAUCAUGGUCAACAAAUACCAGCCACCAAAACACCUCAACAGGUGGGUGAUGCAACUGGCGGGGCAGAUGACGAGGUAGCGAAGGCUCUACGGGUCGGCCAAGUCGCCCAGCUGGGUGAUAACAACGGACCUUACCGAUGUAAUGUGUGCAACAAGGAACUUAAAACCAAGAGCACUCUUAAGCGCCACUUCACGAGCCAGACACACCAGAAUAAGAUAAGCUCAGCAAGGCCAGCGUCGCCUCAGCAUCAUGGUCAACAAAUACCAGCCACCAAAACACCUCAACAGGUGGGUGAUGCAACUGGCGGGGCAGAUGACGAGGUAGCGAAGGCUCUACGGGUCGGCCAAGUCGCCCAGCUGGGUGAUAACAACGGACCUUACCGAUGUAAUGUGUGCAACAAGGAACUUAAAACCAAGAGCACUCUUAAGCGCCACUUCACGAGCCAGACACACCAGAAUAAGAUAAGCUCAGCAAGGCCAGCGUCGCCUCAGCAUCAUGGUCAACAAAUACCAGCCACCAAAACACCUCAACAGGUGGGUGAUGCAACUGGCGGGGCAGAUGACGAGGUAGCGAAGGCUCUACGGGUCGGCCAAGUCGCCCAGCUGGGUGAUAACAACGGACCUUACCGAUGUAAUGUGUGCAACAAGGAACUUAAAACCAAGAGCACUCUUAAGCGCCACUUCACGAGCCAGACACACCAGAAUAAGAUGAAGUGGGAAGAAGAGGACAGCUCCCAAGAGGACAACUCCCAAGAGGACGACUCCCAAGAGGACAACUCCCAAGAGGACGAGGACAGUGAAGAGGAGGAUGACGAUGACGACCAGGAAUAUAACGAUGAGGAGGAUGAAGACGAAGAGGAGGGCAUAACCCGACAUGUGCUCAGAGAUAAUCACAAAUCAAGGGUGUGCGGUGCAAGUGGCGGGGCAGAUGACGAGGUAGAGAAGGCUCUACGGGUCGGCCAAGUCGCCCAGCUGGGUGAUAACAACGGACCUUACCGAUGUAAUGUGUGCAACAAGGAACUUAAAACCAAGAGCACUCUUAAGCGCCACUUCACGAGCCAGACACACCAGAAUAAGAUUGUGCACUUUGGUGAUCUGAUGAAGUGGAAGGACGACGCCGACCAGGAAGAGGAGAGUGACAACAACGAGGAAAUCAUCGCCGAGACGGACGACAAGUCAAAACUUUAUAUGUGCAUACCAUGUAACCGGUCCGUCAAGCGCUGGGACCUUGGGAGACAUCUGGAGAGCGAGACCCACAAGGCCAAGAUUGGUACUGUCGAGGGGAUGGAGACAAAACUCCAUGACACCGUGAAAAAGACAGUAAGCAGAGGGGCGGCAGCAGGAACACAGCCCGUCAGUCCUGGUAAUGACCGCCCUCAAGCAGUAAGUAGAGGAACAGCAGCAGGGACACAGCACGUCAGUCCUGGUAAUGACCGUCCUGACGUGAACACAGGAGUUACGUAUGAACGUAUUGUCAAAAUUAUGGCAACAUCGAAGGACAUCAUUUCUCGGGAGACUUUAUUCUCGCAUGAAUUAGCUCCAUACCCGACUGCUCUUUUUGACGAGGGCGGUGAAAUGAGACACACAAGUAAGUCGGUGCUGAAGAACAGGCUCUUAGUGCCAGGAGACUUACGAGCCAAGCUGACUCCAGAGGUAAUCAUCCUGGACGGCAGUGCCUUACUCUGGGCUGUUCCUUGGCCAGUUUCACAAGCGACCGUGUCUACGUACAUCAGUACUGUGGUAAAGAACAUCAUACGACGAGGAGAGAGAGCGCCAGUGUUACACGUAGUAUUUGAUAGAUACUAUGACAUCAGUCCAAAGACGUGUUGUAGAAAAGCCCGCCAGAAAAGAUACGCUCCUGUGUACAAUUUCAGUGAAGAGUCGCUACAAUCCGAUCAAGUCGUCGAUAAGAAACGAAUCAUCUCGCUGAUUGUCAAGCAGUUAUGCUCCAUACAAGUUCCUCGAGGCAAGCAAGUUAUCGUAACUGGACCUGAUGCUCAUCCAAUACAGGUUGGUAUUGGCCCACAGCAAACUGCGGUGACUCACGAGGAAGCUGACGUGAUCAUGGCUUACCACAUGCUCCAAGAGGCAGCGGCUGGCCAUUCACCAAUAAGAAUAGUGUGUGAUGACACAGACGUGUUCCUCAUCCUCGCUCAUCACCUGCACGCUCGCACAAACAACAUACCACACACCGUCCAAGUAAGCAUGGAGUCAUGCACUAGGGGUCACGCCGUCGUCAGUAUCAACGAGGUUGUUAAGAAACACUCAAGUAUAAUCCCAAACAUUCUAGCAGCUCAUGCCUUGACUGGCUGUGACACCGUUUCCUCCUUCGCUGGUAUCGGAAAAAUAACAGCAUUGAAAACUCUUGAGGCAUUCCCUGGUUCAUUAGACCUUGGGAAUCCAUCUGCGUCCCUUGAUGAGGUCACGGAUGUAUCCCUGAAAUACGUAUCAGCUCUGUAUAACCAGACACCAGGAGAUUCGUUAAACAACAUGCGUGCAACUAUUUUCACAAAACAGAUCAGUAACAACAAGUUGAGGUUUCCUAGGUUAAGCCGAUUGCCACCUACAAUGGCGGCGUUCAGGCCCCACUGCGGACGGGCACACUACCAAACAGCGUUAUGGAAGUCUGCUGGGAUGCCCUCACAGCCACCGCUCGACCCAUUGCAGUAUGGCUGGGAGAUGAAUGGAUCAACACUGACACCAGUUUAUAGCCUUCCUGGGCAGUCAAUUGUUCCCGACGAGGUGUACAACCUGGUUAAUUGUAGCUGUAAGACCGCCUGCACAGCAACACUCUGCUCCUGCUACAAGUUCACUCUUCCAUGCACCAAAUUAUGCACGUGUAAAGGUCAUGCAGCUUGCCUGAACCCUGAGACAGAGAAGAGAAGAAUGUAACACUCCAGUCUCCACAAUGACAAGGUCCCAAGUUUAAAGAAUUAAUGUUGUGUAAAUAAAUGCACCAAACCUUUAAAUCAACUUUGACGCCAAAACAUUUUAAUCUCAAUUACUUCAAACUGUAUCAUUUUUCUCUUCACCCUUUUUUCAAUUUUCAUCAAUAAAAUAUUACUAAAUUUUGCGCUGUAGGAAUUAUUAAAAAUUAUAGUUACUCUUAUAUCGCAAACAAAACGAGCAACAUUUUCCUUACUUAAAUGAUUAAAAUGUGUUUUUAUUCAUUACUUUUGUCCAGAAAGUAAUUAACAUGUAAAUAUUUAAAGUGUGCAAAAAAUUAUAAAUAAAUGGGAUAGCUUCUUGAUCUCUUCCCCUAGCACUGUCACGUAGCUAUGUCUCUCUCCCACGCUAAGCACCGAGGAACGCAUCAAAGCUACUUCUUGCAAUUCGUACUUCAUUUAUCAUUUAUGAAAUGUUCAAUGUUCAAUACGUCUAAAAAUAUAAGUGUGUGUGCGUGCGCACACACACACACACACACACACACACACACACACACACACACACACUACAUCCUU